UGUAACGAUGUCACUGUUAGCGAGGGUAAACGCAUACAACCGUUAUUUAAGCACAUGAUCCACAGCAGGUACCACACGCUCAUGUUCAUCGCCAUGGUAUAUACACCCAUUUCAUUCUCAAUCGCGUACCUCCAGGUUCCGAUUGCGCUUAUGAUCCUUGAUGGGUCACUGGCGCUCCCUAGCGAGCAGGAGAUGAACCAGGACACAGAAGCGGACUACCUCGAUCGGUUAGCUAGCGGACAGAAACCCCGCCACGCCCACAUUUAUCUAUUCCCUCCCCGCUGGUCUCCGACUUCAUACUGCGAUGAGAUUGCUACCUUUGCAGCCAUUGCAAAUAUUUUGGAGCCAAAGUACCGAUUUUUUCAUUCUAUCUUUGCUGAUAUACGUAAAAAUGUGAUGACGUUUAGGGACCAUGAUUACAGUGAACCUGAACCGGAUCAUAAUCGUGACUAGAAAAAGUGACUAUAAUCGAUCUA